CGGAUGAAGCAGCCGCUGCGUUUCUCGCCGCGCUCCCGGCGCGGGGCGAACCGCGACGGAAUCCGCCGAGCGAGGCGCCGGCUCCGACGCCGCAACGGUUCCGUGAUGACAAGAGCCGAGAUCACCCGGGAUGGCAGCUCUUCAAAGGCGUUUUCAGCGACUCGGACGUGACGCGGUUGCUUGCGUUGAAGUCAAAAGUGAAGGCUAAUGAGUGGGCGCAUCUUUUCAACAGCGCCACGUGGGAGCCAAGCGAUCGCGAUAAGGCGCGUAUCUGCACCGCGCUCAAGUCGACGGAGCUUAAAAGAUCAUACGAGUGUGUCGUCAUGCCGCGGCAACGCAAAGGGUGGAGCGUGGCCGUCCACAAUAGCGCGUUCAGACAGCAAGCUCACGUGGGAACUGUGGAGGACGAGACGUGGAUCGUCGAUCGCAUCAGGCCCCUUCUCCCCGAGAACGCCGUGUUCCCGCCGUUGGGUCACAUCACGUACAUGAUUCAGAACGUGCGCGACGUGCCGCGUUUGGAGUCUCGGGGCGAGCAGCCUAUGCACUACGAUUUCAAACCCGGUUCGCAGAGGUUGGGUGUCAUCAUCAGCCUUCACGAUUCGGUCUACUUGGCAGUCGGCGACCGGUGGUCAGAGGACGUGUCGAAGGUGCGUGAGCGCGUGCGCGUACCGAAUGGUUCUGUGUUUGUUUUCGCGGGUUCCGUCCCGCACGCGGGGAUGGGCGACGUGGGCGAGGAUGGGGUGGAGAGAAUACACAUGUGUGUCGGUCUGGAAUGUGCGCCUCAAGACGUCCAUCCGGUCGGCGUCGGCGAAGACCGUGGUGAGUUACUCACGUUUUUAGCGUCACAGGAAUACGCACAGGCGAACGCUUUGUCAAUGCGCUCGACGACGACGCGCCCGCGACCAAGAAAAACCAAGGCACGAGGCCGAAAGGCUAAAUAA